GGGCGGGGCUAGCGUUCAGAAGCUCUGGGGGCCUCCCGCUUCAGCAGCCUAGGAACCUUACCUCCGGAGGGCUGGGGGCUGUUAGUGUGCGGGGCUGCAGUCGGUGGAAGAAGGAAGGGGUUCUAUGAGCUCGGAGAGGGCUAGGGUAGGGAACAGGAGUCGGAGGUUGGAAUCCUGACCCAGCUAGGGCGGGAGAAGAGCGGGUGGGCGCGGCUUUGAGGGGGUGGGGCCAAGAAAUCUUUCCUUGAUAGUGGUGGGUCGGAGGCGGUAGGGGCGUGCCUAGGAUGCAGGGGCUUGGCUGAGCUGAGGGGGCGGUCUGACAGGGCGUGGUCCUGGGAGGGGCGUGGCUUGCUUGAUAUGGUCGGGGUGGGGGCGGGGUCGGUGCAGGCUGAGUGGGCAGCGCGAUGCGGGGUUCGAGCUGCGUGGGCAGUGGUGGCGAGAGCCCAGGUGGUACGGGGCUGAGCGAGGGGCCCCGCGGCCGAUGGCUGCGGCUCGCCCCUGUCUGCGCCUACUUCCUGUGUGUGUCCUUGGCCGCUGUGCUGCUUGCCGUGUACUACGGGCUCAUCUGGGUCCCCACGCGGCCGCCUGCGGGCCCUGCCGACCCCCUGCCCAGCGCUGCGGUCGCUCCGUGUGCUCGAGCAGCACCACCCGCCCCGCCUCCGGCCUCGUCCUGCUUGCCUGGGGCCUCCGGUGGGCCACGACCGAUGCCAGGACUGCCGCGGAGCCGCCGCCACGGCCGCCGCCCAGCUCCAGGAGCGACGCCGGAGACCGCUCACCGAGCUCCUGGAUAGUCUGGCCCGCCCCCACCGUGGCCUGCGUCUGUCUGACUGCACCACCGGGCCUGGCCUGCGCGGCGCCGCCUCUCUCCUGGCCGCGGUCCUGAUCCUGCCCGACCUUAUCCCACCCUGCUCCUCCCUGGGAUUCAGCGCUCAUCGGCAAUAAACUCCAGCCUCAGCUGGCUUACCUGCACUGUGGUUGUCGGCAGCGUUCGCUGGUCUCUUCUAACCCCGGGGCCGCGGGGGCCUUAAAGGCUUUUCUCUUUCAUUGCUCGCAUGUAAUUUUUUUGGUUGGAAUGGGAAAAAGCGGCUUGCCAGUUUUCGGGGCCAUUGAAGGUCAGAUACUGUAAAGGCCUUAGCAGUUUUCGGGGUGUCAUGGGCUCUCGUAUAGCGUCGGAGACAAUGGUGUGUGCUGGAAACUGCAGUUGGUGUAGUUUACAAUGGCAGGGGUAGAGGAUGUCACCAGUGUGCUAGCUUGUCCUGGCUUGGGUGGUGAUGGGACACAUUUGCUGCUUUGAAAGUGUGGAACAUAUAGCUGAACCAAAAACAAAACAAAAACUGGUCUGCAUUGCUGUUGGUGCCAUGCUGAGAAGCUGGUGUCACUUCUGAUAAAGAAGUCAUGCGAUUUAGUCCAUUUUCCCUUACCCAUGACUGUGGCUUGGCCGUAGGCAGGCCUGGGAAACCUUACUGCCCUAUUGCAAGAUGGGGUUUUCUUUAUGGUCUUCUUCCCCUUGGGCCGGACAGCAUCAGGAACCUGAGGCCUCUUGUCAGAUGGGAGUGUAUUACCUGCCCUGCUGGUCCCUUCUGUCCUACCACACCCGCCACGGGAUGAUGUAGAGCAAUGUGCUUAAACUUCUCUGGUCUUGUAAAAUGAAGACAACACAUUGUUGCUCAGAGAAUUAAACUAGUGUUCCAAACCUGA